CAUAUGAGUACAUACUAAUUUGUUAUUCUGUCAUACAUUACGCACUCCCAUAGUCCCAUAUAGGAGAAGCUCUAUUUUACUUGUGCUUUAAGCAUCUCCUAAAAUAAAAUCCCGUCAUAUACUUAUGUUCAUCCAGUCAAAAAGCAAAGGCCGCUCUGAAAAUUAUUCUCUCCAAAUUGAAGGUGUAACGCUCAAUAUGCCCCCAUCUACGCAACUAACAGGUUUUAGUGAACUGUUUCAUAUUAGGCCUCAAUUCCGUUGGAGCCCGUAUUCUUUCAAGCAGCAUCCAUGACAUUAAAGCACUCGUUCAAGAAAGACUAGCUAUUGAACAAGCUCAGCAGAAAUGGCUAAGGUAAAUUUAAUUGGUGUUGAUGUUGGGACUGGAAGUGUUCGGGCGGCCCUAGUUAGUAGCGCAGGUAAGAUUCUGAAAACCCAUGUCAUACCUACGCAAACAUGGAAUCCUCUCACCAACCACUAUGAGCAAUCAAGCGAAAACAUCUGGAAUGCCGUUUGUGAAUGUGUACGCAAUGUUGCCUCGUAUUGUUCCAAAGAUGAAAUAAAGGGCAUUGGGUUCGAUGCAACGUGCUCCCUAGUAGUUCUGGACAAGCAAGGAAAUCCACUCAGCGUUAGCACAACUGGGAAAAACGAGCAGAACAUAAUUCUAUGGAUGGACCAUCGCGCGCAUGCCGAGGCUGAGUUAAUUAAUGCUACUAAACAUGAACUGUUAAAUUAUGUCGGAGGAAGCGUAUCUUUAGAAAUGGAAUGCCCAAAAUUACUUUGGCUCAAAAAGAACAUGUUUGAGCAAACUUGGAUGAAAGCAGGUGCUUUUUUCGAUCUUCCCGAUUUCUUGACUUAUAAAGCAACAAAUAGUCUAGCUCGAUCAAUCUGUUCAACGGUUUGUAAAUGGAAUUAUGAUGGCAUACAGAAGACAUGGUCUAGUGACUUUUUCUCAAGCAUCGGCAUGGCAGAUCUGACAGCAGAGAACUUUCAUCUAAUAGGCGAAAAAGUGGAUGCUCCCGGAAAGCCGAUUUCAAAUGGCUUAUCACCUACGGCCGCAGAAGCUAUGUGUUUGAACGCGGGUAUCGCAGUAGCAACUUCAAUGAUAGAUGCGCAUGCUGGGGCUCUGGCGCUACUGGGAUGCCGCAAUCCAGAUAGUGACCUUCAGGAGUCACUCACAUCCAAACUAGCAAUUAUAUGUGGAACUUCAUCCUGUCAUAUGAGCCUAACUGCAGCACCGGUUAUUGCACCGGGCAUUUGGGGUCCAUAUAAAAAUGCUAUUAUUCCUAAUCUUUAUCUGAACGAGGCAGGUCAGAGUGCGACAGGAGUUUUGUUAGAUUUUAUUGUCCAAACGCAUCCAUGCUACGGCCAGCUUCUAAAAGAACAUGGAAGCAACGGCAAAAUCUAUUCUUUCCUGAAUAAAUUUCUUCUCGAUCUUGCAGAACGCAAGGGACUACAAUCAGUGCAUCGAUUAACUUCUUCAAUACACAUUUGGCCGGACUUUCACGGUAAUCGAUCACCACUGGCAGAUCCAAAUUUAAAAGGAAUGGUUUCGGGUUUGACGAUGACGAGAGACGUAGAAAAUCUGGCACUAAUCUAUUUGGCCCUAAUGCAAGCGCUAGCUUAUGGUACUCGCCACAUUAUGAAUGUUUUGGCGCGUUCUGGAAGAGAAUCAAUACGAUCUAUCUUGUUAUGUGGUGGGCUGAGCAAAAACUCGCUUUUCGUGCAAACUCACGCCGACAUUUGCUCUGUACCGGUGCUGUUACCUCUCGAAACGGAAGCUGUUCUGCUAGGGUCCGCAAUUAUGGGUGCCUGCGCUGCUAAUGUUUACGUAGACUUAGAGACCGCUGCUGCUAAGAUGGGAGGACAGGCCGAGGUUGUCAAACCAGAUAUGAGCGAUAGCAACCGUGAAUAUCACGAGCGAAAAUAUUGCGUUUUUUUGCGUAUGGUUGACGAUCAACGAGCGUACCAAUCGAUUAUGGAUGAUUAGGACCAAAAUCUUUACAAUAAAAUUUUUAAUAAA